UUGAAAGCGCUAAGACAUAGCAAGCGGAAGAAGCAGGCCAGGCCGUAAACCAGCCCAAGCGAAGAAGGUGAAUGCCGAGCAGCCAUCAGACAUCAGACAUCAGCCGUCAAGAAGUGUGGCAAAGUAGAAAAUCUGUUAAUUAAGGCGCCUGUGAAAAGUGUGAAAAAAUCAGCAGCAUUCGAACAGAAAAUCAGCGAAACGGAAGAGCAAAUCCAUAGAAAAGUGAAAAUUAUUUUUUUUAAGUGGAGUAAAAACAGUGGUUCUGCCGCUUGCAACAGGAAAUAGCAGCAGGAGAAUCGGAGGCGAUCAGAGCAGUGUGAGGCGGCAGAGAGUGGACCAGAACAGGAGUGGACCCAAUCUGAGUUUGGCAUUUGAGUGAAACAAAAGCCGCAUAGCCGCAGAGCCACAGAGCCACAGAGACACGAAAAAACAUAAAUAAAUAAAAAUGAAAGCUGGCCGCGCCUUUGGCUGCCUCUUCUGGGCCCUGCUCUAUUGUGUGCUCUACCUGGACCUCGUCCACAGCGAUGACGAGCUGCUGGACUUUGACUUUGCGGAUGCCAAGGACCCCACCAUCACGGACGACUGGCAGCUGGACGACUUGGAGGAGCAGCAGGCCGAACAGAAGCUAGAGUCGAAUAUGCUGGACUUCAGUGUGGAUCUGGACGAGCCGGAGCCAGAGAGGCAGAUCCCACAGUUCGACUGGCGCGAAAAGGUGCUGCGGAAUGCCCUGUCGAAAGCCCUCACCGACGAGGGUCUGCGCCAGAAGUUCGUCGAGGUGAUGCCCAUUCUCCGGGUGCUCUCCUCCCAGCAGCGAUUGGCUCUCUCGGCUCUCAUCUCGGCCCAGAUGAAUGCCAAACAGGGACACGAUCUGAGAUUAGAACAGGUCCGCAUGAUGUUUGGCAAUGACAAGAAGCUCAUUCUGCCCAUUGUCUACGAUCUGGCCAAUCUGGUGAAGAGCUCCACCCGCAAGUAUCUCAAUCUGGGCUCCGACCUGGCUUCGGCAGCACUCCUUCAUACGGCUCCAGUGAAGCGCAAGCAGGAUCAGCUGACUGUGGAGGAGUCCCCGCUGAAACGCAGGCAGGAUCAGCUGACUGUGGAGGAGUCCGAGCAGGAUGAUCAUGUGGGCACCAUCGAUGUCAGUGCCGCACCCACAGAGGAUGCCGCCUCUUUGGAGGAUUUCUUCGAAGAGAUGCAAUCCGAUGUGCUCGAUCCGCAGAUGAUCAAUGAGGCCCUGCAGUCGGCGGAUAUGAAGAGGAACUCCUCGAGCAAGGAUGCAAGGAGCAGGGUGCGACGAUCGGCCAAUGAGUUUGUCCACAAACUGACCCGCUCCGUGCCCGUUUCGGUGACAGAGCAACAGCUCCUGGGGGGCAUAGCAGGACGCACCAUCCGCCUGAACACGACCUCUUUUCAGCAGCCCAGCAGCGGCGCCAAUAAUCAGUCCUAUGUGGAGAUCGAGGAUCUCGCGUUUGCCGGUCUCAAUGGCACGGAUGUGAUUCCCCUGAACGCCGAUGAGCGCUUGGAUCUGCAGCGAAACAGCGCCGAGGAGCCGUUGCCGGAGGAGCCACUGCCGAGUCCAGAAGAACUGAUUGCCGGUCCGCGGUACCGUCUGGGCAAGCGGCCACAUCCUGGCCAGAAGUCGGCGGCGCCCGUCAAACGAAAGAGGGUACAGAGCGGGUCUCGGGGCAGGCCCAAGACCUCGGCCAGCUCCCACAAGCCACUGGUGGUGCCGCCGGCGGUGGCGCAACGAAAAUGCGAACGCUUCACCAGCAACAUGUGCAUCCGCACCGAUGACUAUCCGCUCGAACAGAUCAUGGGCAGCAUACGGCGGCACAAGAACGCCAUGUCCGCUCUUCUGGCCGAGUUCUACGACAAACCCAACAACAAUCUGGAGUUAAGCGAGGAUUUCGAUGACUUCAGCCUCACGAAGAAGCGGCGAGAGGACGAGGGCAACAGUGCCGGUGGCAUGUGCCUGAGCGUGGUGCGUUACGCCCGACCGCAGAAGGCCAAGUCCGCUUCCGGGGAGUGGAAGUACAUCGUGAACACGGGCCAGCACACCCAAACUCUGAGACUGGAGAAGUGCAGCAAUCCUGGGGAGAGCUGCUCGUACUUGGCGCAGACAUACCGCUCGCACUGUUCGCAGGUCUACAACUACCAUCGUCUGCUCAGCUGGGACAAGGUGCGGGGCCUGCAUGUGGACAUCUUUAAGGUGCCCACCUGCUGCUCCUGCCAGGUGGAUGGCUAUCGCCAGCAGUUCCCGCCUCUGUCCUCCAUCCAGGCCAAGGACUACUCGCCGCUGGCCAACUUUAAGCCGGAGAGUGUCGGCUCGAAUGGCUACAGCACCAUCAAUGAGGAGGACCUGGACUAUGCCGAGGACAGCGAAGAGGAUGAGCUGGGUCUGGGCCUGCGCUAUCCGACCUUCAACGGGCGCGACACCAACGAACUGUAUGCCGGCAGCAAGAAGAUGCGCGCCUCGACCAGCGUGGGCCCGUAUCUGAGUCCGCCCGAUGACGAUGUCGAGGAGGAUCCACGGUACGGUGGCAUUGGCAGUGGCUACAAGAGUAGCCACCACAACCACAAGGGUGGAGCCGGUGCUAGCUCGAAGAAAUAUUACAGCCAGGCGAGCCGACGCCGGCCGCAUCAGCAGCAGCAGCAGAAUGAGGCGCGAGUGGACUUGGAUUUGGCGCCAAGUGAGAUGCACACCGACCAAGAGGUAAACGUAAACCCAUUUGCUGGCCCAGUGCUCAGUGCUGGGGAGAAGCCCAUCCAGCGUCUGCCCAUCAAUCGCAAGCGUAUUUAUACCUCCACCCACCCCAACACAGCAGCCGCCGCAACCGCCGCAACUUCAGCAGCAGCAUCAUCAUCUGCAUCAUCUGCAUCGUCCGCUGGAGGAGUCCGGCUUCGCUUACCACAGACCACAAGCCUACCAGCCCGAACAGGAACCGCUGCCAUCAUCAGCUCCCAUUCCAGUGGCUCCAGUGCCCAUCAUGCCACCCAUGCCCAUCAAGCAGCCGCAGCAGCCGCCGCAGCAUUCCCUGCUGCAUCCUCAACAGCUGCGACAUCUCAGCCUGCCUUCAACCAGCGCAACCACCACCUCGGUGGGGGCGGGGGCGGGGGCAGUGGUGGGAAGUCGCGACCCCGCUUCUAUGCACCCCCAGCGACCACGCCCCUGGCAGUCGCACCAAUCCCAAUCUCAGUGGCAGCCAGCCAGCCAGCGUCGCCUCUUCCGACCGAGCGCACCACACAGCAUCAGCAACAGCAACAGCAACAGCAACGGCAACAGCAGGGCCACCAGCAGCAGCAUCAGUCGACGCCACUACCACAGCCGCCGGCCUCCGUCUACCAUGUGAACUCCAUUUACACGAGCAGCGGCGGGAGUAGCAGCAGCGUCGAUGGUGCCUCGGCUGGGCCAAGUAACGGCACCAAGCGCAUCAACUACAACUACCAUCCCAUCAUAGACUUCUUCGAGAAGAGCAGCAGGAGGGCAGAGCAGACAUUGGCAGUGACUCCCGGAGGAUUAGGAUUAGGACUAGGAGACUACGAUAUGGAGGAGUCACGUCUGAUGGAGCAGCGUGUCCGUCCAGCUGCGGGCAUGGGCAUGGGCAUUGGCAUCGGCAUGGGCACAGGCACAGGCACUGGCACUGGCAUGGCCACUGGAGUCUUUCAGCAUCCCAUUCCGAUUCCCACAACCUCCCAUGAGCGUCGCAUGGGCUUUGGUGCUGGUGGUGCUGGUGGUGCUGGUGGCGUGGUGGGUGGUCUCGGUGGUGCUGGUGCUGGUUUGGGUGGCGGCCGGCAGGGCUUUGCCAAUGACAAUGCCUGGCAGCCCAUGGUUGUGGCGCCCUAGUAUACAUAAGUCGCAUGAUUCCGCCCCUGCCUCCAACUCGAAAUCCCACUACCCCUCCUCUAACGUAUUAACAGCGCCGAACCGUGUGCUCGUCUGCCGCUCUCUUGCCCCUCUCCUAGGCUCCAGGAAGAGCAUAAUCAAGUAGUUGUCUAAUCUCCACUCCCCCCAUGCCACCCCCCCUUCUAAUGUUUAACCAUCUAUGUUUAUCUAUUUAUUUAUUUAUUUUGUAGUGUGUAGUGAAAAAAAAGGAGGAAGAAAGACCUAUUUUCGGGGAUCGUCGCAAGAGUUUU